CGUGAGGGUAACGGAAGUGACGUGAUCCGAGCAGCGCGGGAAAUUCGGGGUGGAGCGGCGUGGAGGCGGAGCAGAGCCCACUGAUGCAAACUACCAUGGACCAGAAAAUCUUAACUCUGUCAGCAGAAAAAUCAAUCGAGAAACUGCAGGAAUUUCUGGAAAGCUUGAAAGAAAACCAGUUAGGUGAGUUUCUCCGGAAGCAGGCCAUAAAAGGAAAGCAGAUUGGAACCCACCUCAAAGCCGUCUUCAAAGGAUCCCCAUGCUGUCAAGAGGCUGGAGUACUUCGCAGAAUCGACAUCUAUGAGUACUGUCUUCAGUUAGUGGAGUCGGGGGACCUGACCAAGGAUGUGGGAUCGGAGAUCAUGGGGUUACUGAUGGUCGAGGUUCACAACUUCCCUGCUUCCUCACUGGUUCAGAUAACCAAUAAGUUUGUAGACACCAUCCGAGAAGGCAGUUUGAUAAAUGGGAAAUCUCUGGAAUUAUUCCCCCUUAUCCUUAACACCCUUGCUUCGAUGAAAGGAAACCAGGAUGACAAAAAAGGUGAGCUGAAUGGGGAAGAAUGUAAGAAGCAGGUGAUAAACACCCUCUGUUCUGGCAGAUGGGACCUAAAGCAUGUAAGCCGCCUCACAUCAAUGUUCAGGGACAUCCUUUUAAGUUCGGAAGAGCUGGAGCUUGUGGUGGGAAAGAUUCUCAGCUUGUUCUACAAGUUGGACCUGCAGGAAAUUCCUCCGCUCGUCUACCAGCUUCUGCUCCUCUGCUCCAAGGGCUGUAAGAAGAAGGUUCUGGAGGGAAUCUUGGUUUUCUUCAGCCAGCUGGACAAGCAGCACGAGAACCAGGAGGACACUGACUUAUUGGAUCUUGUCACGGACCCACCAGGAGAGCUUCGCCACGUGGAAGGCACCAUUAUUCUGCAUAUUGUGUUGGCUAGCAAGAUGGACCGGGACCUAGGGAAAGUGCUUCUUAGCUACUUAAAGACUGGGCAGCAAGGCGAACCCAGCCAGUCUUUGUGCCCCUUCAGCAUCGCCCUCCUUCUGUCUAUGUCGAGACUCCCAAAGUAUGAGGAGCAGGCGUUUGACUUCUUGAAGACAUCGGUGGUGAAAAGCCUCAGACACUACCAGUUCCACCAGGGCUCAAAGUUCCUGCGAGACUUAGUCCCUCAGACAUCUAGUGUCUCAGCGACGAUCCUCGAAGUGGUGAAGAACAGUGUUCACAGCUGGGAUCACGUGACCCAGGGGCUGGUGAAAUUCGGUGUCAUCCUCAUGGAGUUGUUCGGACCAAAGAAGCUGUGGGGAGGAAAAGCAACCGAGCCGAGUUUGGAGCUUCCCCAGACCCCAGCCCAGCAGGCUUGCAGCCUGGGGGCCAGUAUCCUCCUGGAAACCUUUAAGGUCCAUGAUCUGAGCAGAAGAGAGAUUCUGGAGCAGGUCUUGAACAGGAUCAUCAUCAAAUCCUCAUCUCCCGUCGUCCAUUUCUUAGACUUGCUGUCCAGCAUCGUCACCUAUGCACCCAUGGUCCUCCAGAGCUCUUCCUCCAAAGUCACGGAAGCCUUUGACUUCUUGCCCUUCCUGCCCCUCCACAUCGUUCAAGGGCUGCUCAAGGCGGUACAGCCCCUGCUCAAAGUCAGCAUAUCAAUGAGGGACUUCUUGAUACUUUCCCUCCGCAAAGCCAUGUUUUCCAGCCAGCUUGAUAGCCGGAAGUCUGCAGUGGCUGGGUUUUUGCUCCUGUUGAAGAAUUUUAAAAUUCUGGGCAGUUUGUCAUCAUCUCAGUGCAGCCAGGCGAUCGGUAUAUCUCAGGUCCACGUGGAUGUGCACAGCCAUUACAACUCUAUGGCCAACCAAGCUUUUUGCCAAGAGAUCCUAGAUUGCCUGAAGAGGUGCCUGAAUCAAAAGGCCGACAUCCGUACCAUGCUCUAUGAGGGAUUUUAUGACAUCCUGCGAAGGAACUCCCAACUGGCGAACUCCAUAAUGCAGACUCUACUCUCUCAGUUAAAGCAGUACUAUGAACCUGAGCCUGACCUGCUGCCCCCACUGAAGCUGGAGGAGUGUAUCAUGCUCCAGGGAGAUCAGGUCCUGCUACAGGAACCUCUGGGCCACCUCCUGAGAUGUGUCCAGCAAUGCCUGGCCUGGUACCAGAGUAGAAUGCAGCACCCACUGCAGCAUGAGGAGGAUGAGGAGGGAGGGGUCCAGGAAGAACUGGAUGACAUCCUGCAGUCCAUCACCAGCCGCAUGAUCAAGAGCGAGCUGGAAGACUUCGAGCUGGACAAAUCAGCCGACUUCUCUCAGGCCACCGGCGUUGGCAUCAAGAAUACCAUCUACGCCAGCCUAGUGAUGGGAGUGUAUGAGGUCCUGAUUGAAUAUAAUUUCAUUAUUGGCAACUUCAAUAAGAACAAGUUUGAGGAUGUUCUGAAUCUGUUCAGGUGUUACAGCAAACUUUCCGACAUCCUCAAGGAGAAAGCCGGUAAAAGCAAAUCUUCAGAGACCCCCAAAACGACCCCCAGCUUACUGUCCAUGAACUUCGUGUCGGUUCUGCUCAAGGCUCUGUUUAGGGACAAUGCUCAAAGCCAUGAGGAGAGCCUGGCCGUCCUGAGGUCCAACCACGAGUUCAUGCGCUACGCCGUGACCGUGGCCCUGCAGAAAGUGCAGCAGCUUGAGGAGGCGGGUCAGGUGGACGGACCUGAUGGCCAGAACCCCGACAAGACCUUCCACCACCUGUGUGAGAUCACCCGGGUCCUGCUAUGGAGGUACACAUCAAUCCCCACGUCCGUUGAGGAGUCGGGGAAAAAGGAGAAGGUGAAAAGCAUCUCCCUGAUGUGCCUGGAAGGCUUGCAGCGGAUCUUCCACAUGAUACAGCAGUCUUACCAGCCCAAGGUCCAGCAGUUCCUCAGGGCUCUGGAUAUCCCCGACGGGGAGGGUGAAGCGACAGAAAUCAGCGUCACACAGAGAGCGGCUUUCCAGAUUCGACAGUUUCAGAGAUCCUUGGUGAACCUACUAAGCAGCAGCGAUGAGGAUUUCAAUAGUAAAGAAGGGCUCAUCCUUGUGACCAUUUUGACCACUCUGUCCAAGCUGCUGGAGACUUCCUCCCCCCAGUUUGUACAGAUGCUCUCUUGGACGGUCAAGAUUUGUAAGGAGCACAGUGUCGAGGAUGCUGCAUUCUGCAAAGGCCUGCUGAACCUGCUCUUCAAUCUUCACAGUCAGUGUCGGAGUCCUGUGAGCCUCCUCCGUGACCUCUCCCAGGAUCUCCAUGGUCAGCUUGGAGACAUAGACCAGGAUAUUGAAGUGGAGAAACCAAACCACUUUGCCAUGGUGAAUCUGAGGACAGCAGCCCCCACCAUAUGUUUACUGAUUUUGGAUCAGGCGGAGAAGGUCUUGGACGAUGUAGACUGGGUGAUCAGAAGGCUGAAAGAGCAGCUGAGUCUUGAAGCCACAGCGGAAGAGCUCCCUCAGGCCAAACUCGCCAAAGAGCCCCUCGAGAAGGCGAUCAUCCUGCAGUUGGGAACGCUCAUCACCGCUUUCCAUGAGCUGGUGCAAACAGCCCUCCCAUCGGGCAGCUGCAUAAAUACCCUCCUGCAGGACCUUGGCAAGAUCUACAUCAUCCUCACUUCAUUUGCCCAAUACUAUCUCCAGGUCUGCCAUGACUCCAGAGGGAUUCCCACCCGCAUGGAAAAGCUAGUGAAACUUUCAGGCUCCCAUCUGACCCCGCAGUGCUAUGCCUUCAUCACCUACGUGCAGAACAUCCAAAGCGAGGCCCAAAGCAGUGUGGCAGAGAAAAAGGAAAAGAAGAAGGAGGAGGAGGAAGAGGAUGUGGAGGUGGAGGAGGAAGAGGAAGAGAAGGAAGAGGAAGCGAAGAAAGAGGAGAAAACUGCUGCAGUAGCUCCGGCUAAGGUUAAGGCUUUUCAGAAGGCCAAGCCGAUCCCCAACCUGAUCUUCGCUAUCGAACAGUAUGAAAAAUUUGUCAUCAACCUUUCUAAAAAAUCAAAGGUAAACCUGAUGCAGUACAUGAGACUCAGCCUGUCCCGGGACUUCAAAAUCAACAAAACCAUCAUGGGCAGCGCCCUCCAGGAGUCAGUCGAGAACAACGACACCGGCACGGACCAGAGUGUUGUGGCUGAGCAGAAUCAGGAACCAGCCAAGAAAAAAAGAAGAAAGAAAUGAUUCCCACCCAUUCCAAGUCACUGGGGA